AUGUCUGGACGCAUCCCAACAUCGAGCUCGGUCAUCGAGUCGGCCGUCAUUGAGGCGCCUUUCAGCAACGUUUGGCACUUGCUCAAGCUUCAGGACUUUGCCAAAUUUUACAAUGCUUUGGACAAGAGCGAGUGGGUCAAGGGCGCAUCGCCAGACACUGACAUUGUCAAAUGGAGCUUCAAGGAUGGAACCGUCCUCGAGGUGAAGCAGGAGGAGCACUCUACAAUCGACCACUACAUCACUUACAGUGUCAUUUCGUCCCAGCCCGCCAUUAGCUACUCAUCGGUCGUCAGCACAGUCAGGGCCUAUCCCAUUACUUCCGGCAGCCAGGCGGGCCACACCUUUGUCACCUGGAGCGGCAACUUCUCAAGUGACGCCGAUGCUGGUGUCAUUGAGGAUGCUAAAUUCAAGCGGCGCGAAGCCCUUGCGGAUCUCGCCAAGGCCGUCUCGAAGAAGUAA